UUUUUUUCAUAGAAAAUAAGGAAUAAGAUAAAUCGUUCUGAUCGGACAUAUCUCAGCCGUUGAAUUUAUCUCUGCGUCGGCAUCAUUCCACUAGGUUUCACGCGAUUUCAAAGCUAGUCUCCAUCUCCUUAUCAGUUGGGUUUGUGUCUCUUCAUUUGCCCAAUUUAUAAUUUUAUAUAUCGAUUCUUAUGCAUGAUUACUAAUGCUGGGGAAUUUAGAAUUCCAGUUUUUGCCCACCAGGUGUUUGUUGUGGUUCUUGCUUGGAAAUUAAAUAAAACUCUUCUCAUGUACUAAGCUUUGUUGUAGCUUGAACAUAUAUUAUGUAUAUGAUCCUUAUAACUCUUCGCUGCUGAAUCAUUACUUUUUCUUUCUCAAAUUGAAUAAUCCAAAAUGGGUUUUCCUCGCCAUCUCAAUCAUGUACCCAAAACAACUACGAAAGGUGCAUUUUUUGGCUCCUACGGUGGUGUUCGCAAUGUGUUCGAUGAAAUGCCCCAGAGAAGUUAUACAUCUUUCGCCAAGCGAACACACGAUGAUAUUGGAUACAGGAACAAGUUUUAUAACCCCAGGCUUCGACCAGGCUUUUAUAGAUCCGCCCAUAGCGUCGCAGAUCCCCAAUUCGUCGUAGUUCCGAACACCCGUGAAGAAACUCCCGUUUCCGACUCCAUUCGGGUCUCAAAAGACGCCGAAAAGAUCUGCCGAAUACUCUUGACAAAGACUGGUUCCAGCGUCGAGUCUUCACUCGAUGACUCCGGAGUAGCGGUGUCGCCGGCUCUUGUAGAGGAAACUCUUAAGAGGUUGAGUAAUGCGGGAAUGCUUGCGCUUGCCUUCUUUCGUUGGGCCGAGAAGAGGAAUGGUUUUAUGUAUACGACCGACAGCUUUCACUAUCUGAUCGAAGCGCUUGGAAAGAUCAAGCAGUUCAGGUUGAUUUGGAGCUUGGUGGAUUUUAUGAGACUGCGAGGUUUGGUGACAAAAGAGACCUUUGCAUUGGUUAUACGGAGGUAUGCGAGAGCGAGAAAGAUCAAGGAAGCUAUUGAAACUUUUGAAAAGAUGGGGAAUUUUGGGUUGAGGCCUGAGCUAUCAGAUUAUAAUCGUUUGAUCGAUACGAUUAGUAAGUCGAAGCAAGUUAAGAGGGCGCAGGAGCUAUUCGAUGAAAUGAAGAGGAGGAAAAAGUUCAUGCCCAACUUGAAAACUUACACGAUUCUACUCGAAGGUUGGGGCCAAGAGCGCAACUUAACAAAGCUUAAGAAAGUUUACAAGGAAAUGAUAGAUGAAGGAUUCGAGCCUGACGUCGUUACAUAUGGAAUUCUAAUUAAUGCCUUUUGUAAGUCUGAAAUGUGUGAUGAGGCAAUAAGGAUAUACAACGAGAUGGCGGCGAGUAAUUGUGAACCGACUCCUCAUAUCUACUGCACUCUAAUUAACGGGCUUGGUUCGGAGAAACGAUUAGGUGAAGCUUUGAAGUAUUUUGAGCUAUCUAAAGCUAGUGGGUUUACACCCGAGGUGCCCACUUAUAAUGCAGUUGUGGGCUCUUACUGUGGGGCCGCGAGAUUUGAUGAUGCUUUUGCAGUAGUGAAUGAGAUGAAGAGAAUUGGAAUCGGCCCAAAUUCCCGUACUUAUGACAUAAUUAUCCAUCACUUGAUCAGGGCAGGGAAGGCCGAAGAGGCAUACCGGGUUUUUCAGACAAUGGAGAAGGAUGAGGACUGUUGCCGGCCCCAGCUUAAUACAUAUACUAUGAUGGUCACUUUGUUUUGCAGUAAUGAAAGAGUAGAUAUGGCUUUGAAAAUGUGGAAGCAAAUGAGCGAGAAGGGGAUCGUUCCUUGCAUGCAUAUGUUCUCGUCGUUGAUUAAUGGGCUGUGCUAUGAGAAUAGAUUGGAUGAGGCUUGUCGGUAUUUCCAAGAGAUGCUGGACAAAGGGAUAAGGCCGCCGGGGCAGUUGUUUAGUAAAUUAAAGGAAGCACUAGUUGACGGUAGUAGAAAGGAUUUGGCUAUUGAGAUGAGCUUGAAGUUGGAUAGGUUAAGAAACAAUCCUUUGGAUGAUUAACUACAGUGAGAUCAAGUGAUAGUAAUUUUCAUAACUUUUAAUGCAAACUACAUGGUUGUUUAUAUACUUUCGCAAAGACGCGUGAGAUGUAACAAGAAAUGGAACAAUGUCAGAUCAAUUGUGAGGGCACGCAAGAUGCUGAGGUUUGUAACGAAGGGCGCAGAAUGGUGUAUUUAUUGUGUUGUUAAGUGUUGGUAUGAAGAAACAUUAAAAUUUUGCUUUCGUUGUCCCGCUUACUUGUUUAAACUUGAAUUUCUACCAAGUGGACUUAGAAUCAUCUUAUGAUUUUACCUAACAAAGUGAUUCAUGUUUCGGCAUCUGGUUUCAUUUUGGUCAAUACAUUACCUGGAGAUGUUCUUUACAUACAGUGUAUGAACUCCGACGCCAUUUUGAUGCAUUUAAUAUCAUGGACAGCUUUAUUUUGUA